AUGGCUGCUGAAACUGAUGUUAUGGUAGCAUAUGAAUCAGCGGAUUUGGAGUUUGUCAAAUGGUUAACUGACAAGCUAGAGAAGGCAGGUCUGAGAGUAUGGUACAAAGGCAACCCCAGUGAUAAGUCAAAGCUGCAAGGAGGUGAAGCUGUCCUCAGCAGUAAGGUUGUUGUAUUCGUUCUGAGUGAGGAUUCUGCUGUAGAUAAAGCAUGCAGAGAUGAAGUAUCUCUUGCUUACAUCUCAAACAGGACGGUGUUUCCAGUGGGGAUGAAGUACUUCAGAAAAAUCUCACCAUAUCUUGAUGGAGGCCUAAAGCUCAUGUUGGCAAAGAUAAACUGGUCUUUUUUCGUAAAGAAAGAAACAUUUGAAGAAAACUUCACAACAUUAUUCAAUGGAAUCCAGCAUGAAAUUGCUAAAUUCAACGAGAAAGUUGCAUCAAAACCAGACACUACGGACGAAACGGGCGAUAUCGAAAUCAAAGAUGGAGAAUUCCGACUGAGUGAACUAUUAACCACUGGUAACGUUGAAGAAAUGAAGGAUUUAAAAAAAGACAAUGAACAAAAGUGUGAUUUUUGGGAUCGACAUUUUCAAGAUAAAACUGAAGCUCCGUGGAGUGAAUUCCGUGAACAUUUUAUCGAGGAUUAUGCAGAACGUAUGCAGUUAUUCUUCACUGACGAACAGACAAAAUGGGUUAUAAACCUAAUAUACAAAGACAUAUUUGAGCUGAGGAAGUGUUUAGACAGAAAACUAUAUGAUAAAUUCUGUGGUAAAAAUGUCGAGAAGGACUCUGAUUUAUUUUACAACCGCUUAAAAGACUAUGCGGUGGGGAGUUUCGCAAUGAGGGAGGUGUUUAACAUGGAGAGUAGCGUCAGGAUGACGGCUAUCAAAAACCUAGCAUCGUACCAGACACCAGGUGUAAUAGCUGCUCUAUUAGAACUACUAGAGGACGCUGACCCAAACAUCCGAGCUGUUGCAGCCCUUGGACUCGGAAAGUCAGGACGUAAGAAUCGUCGUGUGAUAGAUCACAUGAUAAAGCUACUCUCAGAUGAAGACAGACUAGUGAGGGAAAGCGCUUGUUUGUCACUUGGUAAGAUGAAGACAGAGAAAGCAGUGCCUCAUAUCAUAGACUUAUGGCGUAAUGAUCCAAUAAAGCAUGUGCGUGAAGCGGCCCAGGUGGCGCUGUCUAAAGUUGGCGGAGGAGAGGCAGCACAGGCAAUCAAGGUGACAUCGGUUCUCUCCACAGAAAUGGAAGCACUAAGAAACAGUAAAAGAAAGUGAUAGAAGGAAUUUUUAACUGCUAUCGUAUCCAGACAUAAAUAAGACAAGACGGUUGCCAAAUCAAUAUACAGUAAAACCUUUCUAAUCUGAACACCCCUGGGACUGGUCAUGAAUGUUUGGAUUAGCAGGUGUUCACAUUUCAAGGUUUUUUGUGCAAGUCAGUGUGGAAGACGCAUGGACAUGAUCAAUGUGACAGAACAUUGGGAUCAAGAAAAAGUGUUCACAAUGAGAGGUAUUCGGAUAAGAGAGCUGUUUGGAUUUACAGGUUUUCCUUGUAUCUUCCAAAUGUUUGAGGUAUCGCUGAAUGUUAUUGGGGUCUUGUACCUUAUCAUGAGAGACAUAAAUAUGAUAUGGAUGUGAUAUUUGAAAGUUGUGCCAUAUCAUAUGGGAUUGGGGAAUUAAACUUCACAUAGAAGAGGCCUUAUAUGUUCAAGAUGAGGAAAUAGCCCAUAAAUGACAUGACCUAUUAAUUAAGUGACAGUGGCCUAUUUAUUAGGUGACAGUAUCCUAUUUAUUAGUGGCAGUGGCUGUUUUAUUAAGUGACCCGUUUAUUAAGUGAC